AUGUCACAACCUCAAAAAAGAUAUUAUGAAUUUAGAGCCAUGCACGGCUUUAUAACAAUGAACUUUGCACCACAACAAAAAGUUCCAAAUAAAGAAACAAUAAAAAAUGCAAUUGAACAGUGGUGCUCCACAAAAAAUAAACAAGCUCAUAUAAAAUAUUUAGCUAUAGUGAAAAUUACACAAGGACUUAAUAAGCACCUCCAUGCUUUCUUCGAACUCGAGGAUGUUGCAUAUACUAGAAAAAGGGUGUUGGUGAAUAUCAAUGGAAAUCCAGAAAUUAUUAAGUUUGAAAAAAUAACAGAAAAUAAAAAUUAUGAUGGUUCGUUUAAUUCUAUCAUCGAAUAUUUAAAAAGACAGAAAGAUAAAAAUCCAAAUGAAGGAGCAAUAUUCGAAGAAAUUGGAAAAAUGGACAAGAACAAAGGGAGAUUAGGAGAUACAGACAUAGGAAAAGCACUCAGAAUGGCAGACUUAGAAGAAGCACAUGCUUACUUAAAAAAUAUCAGCUUAAAAGGUUAUAUGAAUAAUGUAGCUAAGUUUGAUAGUAUAUGGGUUCAAGAGCAUAGCAGAGAUAACUAUGGAAGAAUUAAAAUUAAAUUACAAGCAUGGAAAGAAGACAAUCCAGUUGUCAAAAAUAGUAGAAUAUGGUUAAACUAUGCUCUGAGUGGGAAAACAAAAAGAGUCAAAACAUUAAUAAUUGUAAGUGAUACCAAAAUGGGAAAGACUGAAUUUGUAAAUGACUUGCUGAAAGAUUUGAAAGUAGAUGAGUUUAGAGGAAGAUUUAUGAUGGAUGGACAUAAUGAAAAUGUAAGAUAUGACAUUAGAUUAUUUGAUGAUGCCAAUUUAAACGAUAUUAUUUGGUCCGAAUUUAAAUCGCUUAUAAGUACUAGAGGAGAACAAAUAACUAUAAAUGUAAAAUACUCACAUGCCAGAGUCACUUCCAUACCAACGAUAUUAGUACUUAGUCGUGGAAGUUGGAAAGCACUUCAACGAACAGCUAAAGAAUAUGAAGAUUUUGACUGGUUGAAGAAAAACACAAUAGUACUUCAAACUAAAGAAAAAUUAUAUAUUGAACCACCACCUAAAGCAGAACUAAUACAAGAUAAAAGCAAAUAUGAUGGACUGGAUCAAAAACUAGUAGAAAUGCUUUUAGAAAAUGAAAUUGAAGAGGUAAGUGAAGACAUGGGAGAUGUUACAAUUGGCGAUUUAAAUGAUGUUGUUGAACAAAUAGAACAAGAAGGUCUAACUCCUCCUCUACAAAUAGACAUACCAAAUGAAGAAGAAAUACCAAGUAAAAGAAUAGCAGUUGAUGAUCAUGAAAUACAAAAAAGAUUCUUCGAUACAAGUAAAAAUAUUUUAUCAGAAGAAGGAAAUAAUAAAUAUAUUACAACCCAAAGUGGAAAGAAGAUAAGAAUAGCAGAUGAAGAUAGUAGUGAACAAGAAGAAAGUGAAGACAAUCCAGAUACUCUAAUUAAUAAUUGGAAUACUGGUAAUUUUUAA